UCUCUCUCUCUAUCUAUCUAUCUAUCUCUCUCUCUCAUGCUCUUCUCCUGCCUCACCAGCGUCUCGAUGCUCCGCUCAUUUAGCUUGUGAUAUGUAACAUGCGAGUAGUGGAGGAGCACGGCGUACGGUGACCGGCGUUCAUGGCAUCAACCUCACAACCCACCACAAUAGGCGAGGGAGAAGAAAGAAACGAGGAGGACGCGGCGGCGGAGGCCACCGGCAACGGCAUCAUCCAGGCAGUGAUGCCCGAGGACGGGUACGAGUGGAAGAAGUACGGCCAGAAGUUCAUCAAGAACAUCCAGAAAAUCAGGAGCUACUUCCGGUGCCGGCACAAGCUGUGCGGCGCGAAGAAGAGGGUGGAGUGGCACCCGCACGACCCCAGCAGCGACCGCCGCAUCGUCUACGAGGGCGCGCACCAGCACGGCUCCCCUUCGGAGGCUACCGGCGUCCAAGGGGACGGCGGCGGCGCCCCCAACCAGUACGAGCUGAGCACCCAGUACUUCGGCGGGGCCCGCUCGCAGUGACGACUCGGGGGGGACAAGACACAGGGGGAAGACGACGCUCGCUGCCCGUCAACGUCUCCCUCGAUUAGCUUUCACGUGGGGCCCACACCGGCCGGCGGAUGGCUGGUGUUGCCCGCCGCGGCGCCGGUGGCCAUCAGGUGGCGGCGAGUCCCUGUGGUGGUGCCGGUUGACGCCUUGCGCCGGUGUGACCUGAUGUUUAAGUGGGGGGAUUCGUUGCUGCUGGGCAACGCCGGUGGCCAUCAGCAUCAGAUAAUUAAUUAGUACUAAUACUUAGGUUUGCCCUGCUAAUGAGAGUGCGUUAAUUGAUGUAAAGCACUUUAAUUUUGUCCUCUUUCUUAUUCCUCGUA